AUGGACAACAGAAAUCUGUAUUCGAGUGCUCUGGGGACGCGAAUUUCGAUUGAGAGCAAGGGUUCAGGCACCAACAGAGAACAGCCAGUGAUGAUCAUGGCUGGAAACCCCCUUCGAGUACAUGUCAUAGAUGAUGAUAGAAUACCAACAGCUUCGAUGCCGGGCGGUUUUUCCGCGCACGACGCGCCCCCGGGCCGAGGACUCGCGUCGCACUCGACGGAACCACAGGCCUCGAGAAGCGUGUUUGCUGAAGGCAAAUCCAUCGUCACACCCAGCGAACGAUAUCGGAACGGGCAUCAGGGGUCACAUGUAGCGACUGGUAUCCAUACGGGUGACACGUUCCGCAGUGCGACGGCUCCACUCAGCAGGGAUGGUGCCGGGCUGCCUGCCACCCGACCAUCGUUCCCCAUGCAACAGUCGUGGAAGGCCGGACCGCUCCGGCCCGCCGUUGCCGUUCACGAUGGAGGAGACGUUUUCGAGUGGACUCAGCCAGAUGCCCGACAAUCAAUCAGAUCUAAUCAGAUAUCGCCGGUUUCCACCAGUGCGGAGUUGUCACCACCUAUGACGAGAGUACCGACGCCGAUUCCGCCCCCAGAUCAUAUUGAAUGGAAACCGCCUUCGAUGGCGACGGGCUCGCCGGUGACAACGUCGUCGUCACCUUCAGAACGUGCGCUCGAUCGCUCACGGGGGCAACAGCGGGUUGUGCCGCACUCAGGCUGGGUCUCAUUGGAGAGCGCGCUUCGAGCAUCAAUAGUUCCUGAACAUCUACGCCUUCCGCGACUGCUCACCGAACAGCCGGUGCGAGCGGAUGCAACCCGUACCCGAUUCCUUGUACGCCUGCGUGUACCGUCAGAACUCGACGCCUUUAAGAUCGCAUCUAUUUGGCGGAAACGGCAGGAAACACGGUUCUGCCUCAACUGUGGAGUCAAUGACGCGCCGAGCUGGCAUCGGAUGGAAGACGACGAGCUUGGUCUCAUCGAAAUCGGGGAAGGCUGGCUCAACUCUCCGACGCUUUUGGCUCAAAUCGCGGGUAGCCCAGGCAGAAGAUUGCAAAGGGCGCAGUGCAAUGCCUGCUGGAAAUACAGCUCGCGUCACGGCGGUGAACAGAGACCACCGCGCCUGUGGAAAGGCUCAGAAUUGGAUCGCCUCCUCGGCCUCAGGGUCAUGGAAGCCCAGUUGCGACUGUUUCAGCGUUAA